CUUUGCCCCACCAUCGUCUUCCCCGUGAGCACUGAAGCUAGCAACCGAGAGAGGGAGAGAAGAGUGAGAGGGCGAUCUGGGUUCAUUGCCAUCUUUGAUCGAAAUUUGAAGUCGAGAUCUUUUGAGUGAUCUCGAUUGUGGGAGUGAAUUCGUUCCUAAUGGGGAAGGAAAUUUUAGAUGCCUGCUCUGAUGAUGAAUCAGAUUGUGUUGUCAUUUGUUCAAAUGGUGAUCAUGUUGAUGUUAAACCUUUAGAAGAUAUUGGGACAGAUGAAGUUGUGAAGGACAGUCCUGAUUCUACUGUUCUUGAUAAAAGUAUGGAGUCAAAAGAGUUUGAAGCAAAGGAGUCCGUGGUGGAAUCUCAAGAUGAAGCUGUGCCCUUCAAUCAAGAUGGAAUAUUUAAAAAUGGAAAUGGGUUGCCUGCUGCUGUAGCUGAUGCGCCAAUGAUGCAAGCUGAGAACUGUGGAGCUCCAAAGACAACGUACCAAAAGAAGUCGGGAUCUCCUAUCAAAUGUGGAGCAAAAUCUUCUGGUAAUGGCACUCUGCGCUCUAACUGUACUGUUCCUCAACCAUUUGCUCUUGCGACAGACAAACGUGCAUCAGGUGGAAACCGAUCUUUAGCUGAUGUUGCUGGUAAUGGGGUGAAGCCUUCUAAUGAGAACAAUAAGUUAUUAUCAACUACAGCGAAUAACAAUCAUAAAAGCUUAGCUCGAACGUCGAGGAAGUCUGUGCAAUUGGAUAAUACAAUGCACAGGGAUAAUGAUGAUGCUUGCUCUGUUGCUUCUUCAACCACAGCAUCUAUAAGAACGAUGAAGGUCGGAACAACUGUGGCAUCUGCCCCUACUUUUAGAGUCUCUGAACGCGCAGAGAAGCGGAAAGAGUUUUACACAAAGUUGGAAGAAAAGCACCAGGCGUUGGAAGCAGAGAAGAAUCAGUGUGAAGCCAGGACCAAGGAAGAGCGGGAUGCAGCUAUAAAGCAGCUGAGGAAAAGUUUGACUUUCAAAGCAAACCCCAUGCCGAGCUUUUACCAUGAGGGCCCUCCUCCUAAAGCAGAACUUAAAAAGGUGCCCCCGACUCGCGCAAAAUCACCAAAGCUUGGCCGAAGGAAGAGCUGCAGUGAUGCCGCAAAACCAUCACCUGCUGCAGAUAAUCAUCUCGCAGCGUGUAACCGGCUAAAUCGCUUUAGUUUGAGUAACAUCAAGGAAGAUUCGAACAAACUUAACCACACUGGUCGAAAAACAAACAAUGCAGCUACUAAAGAAAAACCCGGCCCCAAAUCCGCGAGGGAGAACUCAAAGCUUCUGGCUCAGAAGGUAGCGGAUCAAAUAGCAACAAGUGAUGAUGCUGUGCAAUCUUAACUUGCAUCACUGACUUCAAAUCUGAAAGUGUUUGUCGUAACAGCUGCUUCAUCGUCUUUGGUGUGAGAACUCUGCCGAAAACAUGCUUGGUGUAUGGUGUAAAGUUUAUAUUUUAAGUUAUACAGAAGCAAUUCGAUUGGUCUUGACUUAUCUUCGGUGUCUGUCCGAAUUAAGUUGUUUAAUGUUUAAUUCUGGAUGCCGUGAUCGUUAUUUUAUCGUCGGUAAUGCAUACCAUCUUUUUUUA